GCCUGUUUGCAUUAGCACCAUUGAAGAUGGCGACUGGAGUCCUUCACAGAGUCAGCGGUGGUCUGGGUCGGGCUACAAGCAGGGCCCAGUCGGCCAAACAGCUCGUCUUGUGGAGCAGGUGGGGCUCACAUUAGCGUGUAUACUCUGCAUUCAUGUCUGUUGUGUUUGUUGUUGGUCGCUGUUUCAUUUGUUUCGGUGUCUUUACGAAGUGGCGAUGAUGAGCUGGGGCAAGCUAGCCCGCUCACUGCUAGCCAGACCUCAGUGGCCUUCAGCAUGAAUUCCCAUCAAAGCAAGCCAAACCCUCAUUUUGUUCAUUGCAGGAUAUUUAAGGUAAAAGCUACGUGUUAAUGCAGAUGAAGAGGGAAGGGGGAAAGUUUCUGUCAUCUUUGGUGAUUUAGCAUCUGAGAUGCUCAAGGUCAAUUUGAGACAUCACUGAGAAGUCUGUAUCUCUGCAAAUAGGAUGAUGCUACAUGUACUGUCCAACUGUACUGUCCUUCUCUGUUAGUACUGUCUUAUAAAUACCAUAUGAUCGCAAUGUUAUCAUUACAGGUAUUGGAGUUAAUGACAUUUAAAGCACAGUAACUGUCUCUACUCAGAAAACUUCAAACCUGACAUUCUGAUACAAACAUGAUUUGUUGGUUUGUGCCCAGAUUGUAUUAUGCUUUGAGGUAAAACACCCUAAAAUAGUUCAAUAUUUUCUCUUCCAUGUAGUUAUUGUGAUUUAUCUGUGUUUGCAGGGGUUUUGCAACAUCGAGCAGCAGAAACAGACAAGACAGCUGGUUUAAGUCUCUGUUUGUGAGGAAAGUUGACCCCAGGAAAGAUGCACACUCCAAUCUACUGACCAAAAAUGAGGAAAGCAACCUGUAUAAAAUUCAGUGUAAGUUGACUUUGCAGUACAAGUACUUUGAAUUUUACCGUUUAACCAUUUAACUCAAAGAAUGCAUAAUUAAAUCAGUCUCUCUUUUCAGUCCACAAUGUCAAACCAGAGUGCCUGGAUGCUUACAACAAACUCAAGUGAGUAUCUAUUCAUGUAACUGUUUCAGCUGUGCUGUGUAGUUAACUUAUACCUCCUCAAAUCUGUGUCAAGAGUGCAGUGGGAGUAUGAGGCCAGGCAAGCCUCUUGUUGAGUAAAAAUAAUUCAGUGUAGUCUAUUCCCGCGAGGUGAUUGACGAGCUGGCAUGUCUCCAGUCCUUUGCGGAUGAACCCUGCUCAUACCUAAGAUGACUGCUGGCAGUGAGGGGCUAAUUUUGGACCCUCUGAGAGGACGCAUAACCAGGAGACGUGUUUAUCAUUGAGAUGUGUUAUUUAGAUUAAGAUUUUUAAAUUCUACUUUUAAGUGUACUUACAGGACACUCAAUUAUAUGGAAUCUAUUUGGAGUUAUUUUAUUUCUCAUCUAUUCACAGUGAAGAUGUGUUGCCCUCUAUCCAUGCUGAUAAGUACUACCCCUGUGAGCUGGUGGGCACCUGGAAUACCUGGUAUGGGGAACAAGACCAGGCUGGUAGGAUUACUAAUAUCAACACACACACAGAUCUAUGGUCUGCAAAGUUUGUAAAUCAGCUGGCAUGUCAUACUGUGCAUCCACACCCAGAAAACAAACAUUAUGACCGACCAGACUUGUAUGUAGAUAUCCUGUUAGGGCAGUCUUUUUGUGCUACCUUUGCAUGAUCCUUUCCUUUUCUAUAUAGAUCAGUAUUUCACAGUCCUCUAUUCUGACAAUUGAACUUUUCCCCAUUUUUUGAUUCCCAAUAAUGAAUUAUUCAUAAGAUUUACAGUUAAUACCUGUCAUGUUGAUCUAACCCUGCCAAAAAAGGGUAUGACUGUGUUCAAAGCAUGUCAUUUGUUUUAAGGUGUGUUUGUUUUUGUAUUUAAUGACCCUAAGUAACAAAUUCAUUCUGCUUAAUCUAUAAUAUUUUCUUAUACUUCCUAGUUCAUCUUUGGCGCUACAGAGGAGGAUACCCAGCUUUAACAGAGGUGAUGAACAAGCUCAAGCAGAACCAGGUACAGACCAUUUCACACACAUCUUGUUUGUCCACCAUCAGCUUAAAACUCUAAGUAGUGUGCUAAUAACAGAGCACAGCUGUCCCGUUGAAGCAAAGUGCAUUGAUUGGUGUCCAUCCAUUGGCAGGACUUCACGGCGUACAGGAAGCAGCGGGGUAAGAUGCUGAUGUCUCGCAGAAAUCAGCUCCUGCUGGAGUUCAGCUUCUGGAAUGAACCUGUACCUCGAGAGGGUCCCAACAUCUACGAGCUCAGGUCCUACCAGCUCAGGGUGAGUCACACACUGCAGAGUUUAUGAUGAGCCAUUGGUAGUGCUAUAGACAUCGCUCUGGCAGAAUUAAUAUCUGACUAAGCUUUUUCAACUUAAUCAACUACAUUUAUAUGAACAAUGCAUAGCUGGAUUUCGGGUAUCUAAAGGGUUCUGGUUUCGCUCUGUAGUCCGAGAUGUAGCAUCCACCAGUGUUUUAGUAGCAUUGGCUGAAUGGGUUGAAAUGCAAUCCACUGUAAUGCAAUGAUCAAUCAGCAGCAGUCAUUUCACAGUAGUUUGGCUUUAAAACUCUAGCGAGGAUGUGUCAGUUGUGUCAGUUUUGGUGGCCCCUGCUGACAUAGUAUGAUUAACACUUUGCUUAUCUUGUCCCUAACAUAUGCACAUAGUAAUCUCUGAUAAAAAACCUCAACCCUCUGUAAAAGAAAUCUCUGCUCCCAACUGACGAUUGAUCUGGAUUGUGGGAUUUUUUUAAGACUGUCUCUGUCUUUAUGAUAAUCAGUCUUCUUCUUGUGUUUUCUUAGGUGUAAUAUUUUAGCCAGUUUCAUACUCAGCUGAAAGUCCUCACUGGAGCUUAACGUAACAUUUUUAGUCCACGACACAUGCCAGUGCAGCUUACUAACUGCUCUAGGAUGUUAUCUCUAAUGCUAAUGCUAACCUCUGGUCACACUGGAGGCUGGCUCUGUGAAGCUGCGGUCAUUCUCAAAGGUUGCAUGGUCAUCACAUGAUAGUCAAUUGCUUUAGAUAGCUCCCCUGUCAAAUCAAUUUCUUAACUUGAGAGCAGCUCCACAAUAGCGCCACACUCUCCCUACAUCACGUUUCUCCAUUUAAACCCUGUCAGUCACAUGUUUUACAUCUCUGAAUUACCUCCAGCCUCAGUGUAAGACGUGUAAUGUGAUAUAAGUCAGGGUGGCUGUCAUGUUUGUGCUAAUCAUUGUAAUGGGUCACCAUUCUGGCGCCUGAUUUCAGCACGGAUCAGUGGUUAAAUUGAAAACUCUUCGCUCAUCAGCUUCAGCAGAUUAAGUAUGUCUCUCCAGUCUGAAAGGGAGAAACCGUCAGUGCUCUUUGUGAUGAAUGCAAGCUAUUAUCCUUCAUCACAGACUGAGACUCAGUCUUUGAAACAGCUGGACAUUUGUUGCUUUAAUUUUCAGAGAAUGACUGGAGAAACCUUUGGAUGUAGCUUUUAUCUGCUUAAUGACAAAAAAACCUGUGCUGCUCUUUCCCAUUUAUUUGUGUUUGUUUUCACUUUUAAUGGAAAUGAAUAAUAUUAAUGUGUGUUUUAUACAGUAAGGAGCCUUUAUUGGAAUUAAAGUGUUCCUCUGUUCUUCUUCCAGCCCGGGACCAUGAUCGAGUGGGGUAAUUACUGGUAAGGCAACCUGUAAUCACUUGAUUCACUGAACUGUACUUACAGAACUGUUGAACUACAUGAAAUCGCUCUCAUCAAACCUUCAUUAAUAACUGCUAUUCCUCAGAGAGGCUCCGCUUUAAAGCUGUACUGUCAUGCUCUCCAGCCAAGGCUUAGACUCAGGUGGAACGUUAUGCACACUGCAGAUAUGUGAACUUUUAUUCGCUGAGUGAAAUUAGCCUGAAAAAAAAUCCCAAUACCCUACCUGACAGAGCCAAAAGGCCGGAGUUUAUCAGCUUGUGAAAUGCAGCUGAUUGCAGUUGAUUUAAAGGAUGACGUGAUCUUUCUGCCAGCUUAUUAUUCUUCGACUGCACUGUGGUGGAUUUGUGUUUUUACCGACCAGUUUUGACUUGUUUUUGGUUGCAAAAUUCUCUGGAUUACAUUCCAAAUAUUGUCUUGAACCUUUGGCACUGACCGUGGCUGUCAGAAAGUAACUGAUAUGUUGUUGUACAGCCAACUCUUCUUCUCAAGCGUACAUACUCCUGCCACAUGCAGGACUCAAAUACUUUAAUACUUCAUCCUGAUAACGCAGACUUUCAUAUAAUUGUAUGAAAAGAGCUUGAGGUUUGAGCGAAGGUUCACCCUUGAGCAACAGACUUUCCCUAAACCCACUUCUUGUAGUUCUGUUUUUAUUACGGCUUACUUUAAACAGCCUUUAUUUGAACCAUCCUCCAUCAUGCCAUCAAGGCUAUUUAAAGCAAUUUCAAUUAUACUUGUGUAGUCAAGGCCAAAGGCUAAAAUGUCUUCCUCAAGUUACAAAAACAUGACGAACUCAAACCUAAUAGUUUUGUAUCCAGAUGGUGAUUAUGCUUUGAAUAAGAAAAUGUUUUCUUUUGUUGGAAAAAAAGUUGGAUUUAAAGCAUUACGCUCACCCUUCUCCAAUUAUUUCACAUGGUUUUGGCCAACAUUAGCAUUCGCUAACAUGUACACAGUUGAGUAAUAGUGUCACAUCUUAAGGUUGACUGUGAUGUGGCAAAACAGAGUCAGACUUGGAAACUUGGAAGGCCAUUGUUGUCUAGUUUGGGUAAUGAAAAUAGACCGCUUGUGUAAAUUAAAAACAGUCCAGAUUAAACGACCAAAUUAAAAGUAAAGUCAAAGAUUAUGCUGAAAUCCUUGUUUGAAGACCGAUCAAAUGUCUUGCGUGUGCAGGCCUCAUCUUGUUAUGCCAGAUGGAGCCUCGGUGUAUUUUGGCCUGCUCUUUGACAAUGGUUGUUCUUGUCCACAGGGCUCGGGCCAUCGGGUACCGCCAGCACAACAGAGAAGCUGUGGGAGGGUUUUUCUCACAGAUCGGCAACCUCUAUAUGGUUCAUCACCUCUGGGGUACGUAUGCAUGCCAGUUCAAUACAUAAGAACAUGCUGCCAGUGCAACUAUAAUGUGUUACUAUCAAAAUACUGCUGAAAUUAGCUGUUUAUGCUGGGAAAAUCAAUCAAUAGUUUCAUAAUAUGAGGCUGCCUAAGAGUCCUGCUCCCCUGUUGAAGUUUUUGUUGACUCCUGUCAUGUUUUGAGUUUUGGACUGAUUAAUGUUGAAGCUGUUUCUGUGCUCAAGAACUUUUGACUGUCCUUGUUCACUUUUCUUCGAGUUGUACUGCAGUUGGCUGAAGUCCAAAAUCAAUAGCUUGCGUGUGUUGAAACUUUAAACAGACAAAGAAAACUCAAGUGUUAUUUGAACCCCAAAUACUGAGGUUAUGACCCAACAUAUUUUUUCUUAGCUCUUCUAAGCAUCUUAGCUCUUCCUGCAUUGAAUUUUAAUGUUUUCUGGCACAUUUCUUUGUUUUGGUUCAGUCUAGCUUUUCUUGUCUCCAGUUUCAGCAACAGUAGAUAACGAGUAUUGACUAAAUAAACUGAUUAUCUGUCCAGUAUCAAUCGGCGGACAAGGUUAGGGACCAACGAGAACACGUGGAGCUGCUAAUUGAGGCAUUUCCUACAAGAAUCAGUGAUAUCAAAAGGAGUCAAAUGAGUCUAAAUAUUUGACCUGUAGUCAUCAGAUAGAUAUGAGAAAGCCACAAAGUCUGGUUGCUAGAUGCAAAAUUCUGAUUUAAAAAAAUCUCCAUGAGUCGUUUCAAAGUACAACAGUAAUCAUGUUGAAUACUGCUCUCCUGGAGCUGCCAUACACAUAGCAUGCCACAUUAGUAGUAAUAACUUUCUAAGUCUGUUAAUUGAAAAGUUCCUGUAUAACUUGGACGAAAAAUAUGUCGUCUGCCACCUUCAUCAUGACAAAUGCUCACUGACUUGCUAAAAUUAACUUGGUCUGUUAACUUACUUGCCGUUGCAGCUUACAAAGACCUUCAGUCCAGAGAAGACACAAGAAACGGGGCCUGGCAGCAGGAAGGCUGGGACGAGGUGGUGUAUUACACAGGUAAGCAGCAUGUAAAAUCUGGGGUGGUUAAACUCACAGCUUUGAGGAAAAUCAACUUUUUGAAAGCUUAUCUGCCUGUUCUUACCUUUUUUUGUCAUAAAUAACAGAAACAAAGAGCUUUUACAAACUUAAAUCAUUUGGACUAUGAAAAAAAAAAUGCAGCAGGUCUCAAUAAUUUGUUUCAUCUUUUCUCCAGUUCCCCUCAUUCAGCACAUGGACUCUAGGAUUAUGAUCCCCACAAAGGCUUCCCCGCUGCAGUAAAACUGAAAAGUGAUCCAACAUCAAGUGGCAUCUUUCUGAAUGUUACUUUCAUCCAGAGCAUUACUAUCACCGUUUAACCUCCUUUCGGUGCUGCCAGUCAUCCCUUCUCUGUUCUUGUCUUUAUUUUAUUACUUCAAGAUGCCACUAGGACAGAGGGGGGAAACCAUGUCUGCCAUACAUAUAAAUAUAUAUAUAUAAAUAAGAUGAAAAAUACCUUACACACAACUCUUUCAUUAUCCCGGUUCUGGGGCAGGAUGAGUAAAUUUGGCCAAUUCAAACCUCCUGAUGGCUGUUAGGCCUGACGUCUCGUGCCACAUUAAAACUUGGCCAUGAAGACCUCAUCAGAGUUAAGAACCAAAGUUACUUGAAAAGAUGAGCAGCUGUUGGGCGUGAGGAACAGAACUGCUGAGGCUUACUGCAUAGUUCAAGAGCUUUUUAUUUAUUUAAUGUAAAUUUGGGACACAUUUAUUUUAAGUGUGAUGAGUAGCGGCAACUUAGAAACAAGCUGUGUUAAUACUGACUGAAGUGAGAGCCGGACUGUAUAUCAAAAAUAAAGUUUGAAAUGGUGUGAAAUAUAAAUCUUAUUUUAUAUUUGUUUUCAAGACCUCUUUUUAUUUCAAAUCACUCCUUCUUCGGUUGUUUUCUGGCUGUUCCUUGGUCAUGGUAAUGUUGAUGUUUUUUGGUGCCGUGUUUGUAUUUUUAUUUGUGAAGACAACAUGCCUGGUUUUAAAGAGUUUUUAUCCAACGUGUUUUAAAGGGGUAUAACUUUCAUGUAUGAAAAACUCUGGAAACAAAAAUUAUCACUGAGUGGCUGAGUAAAUCCAGUACAGAUUUGUGCUGCUGUACAUUGAAAAAGUUGAGUUACUGUCAAAGGGAGCAUGUAUAUCUUGUGUUUUUGUUCCUCAGUUCAGGGAGGACAGUUUUGAGGAAACGACAAGAAAGUCACAACUGAAUAAAGCAGUUCAAACAAAAUCUUUAACAGCACGUUUGUUUGUUUAAUGCUUAUGUUCUUUUUACACUCGGUGUGUCUUGCUACAGCUCUUAUCAAUACAUUAAAAAAAACAAAAAAAAAAA